AUGGGAUCAGGAAGCCAGGCCAGUGAAGAAGACAUUGACGCUGUCUUGAUUGGCCGAGAUGAUGUCAGUGAUUACAAUCCGGGGCAAUUGCUGCCCGAGCUUCCAGAGGUCAUCGCAAAGAUUCGAGCCUGGCUGCAGCCAACAGCAUACGACAUUGCUGGGGGAGAAUACCGCAGGCACUUGUCGUCUCACGUUGCCGGCACAGGGCACUGGCUCACUUCAAGUAAACAAUAUCAAGAAUGGAUGACAAAUGAAGAGCAUGGAAUGCUCUGGAUCAAGGGCAUUCCAGGAUCUGGAAAGUCGAAGCAACUGAAAAAGUAUGUGGAAGAGAAUCGAUCCCUUGACAGCAUAUCUCCGGAAACUAUGUGGAAUCACUUGCGCCUAGCCUUUGUUGGUCUUCCUGGAAAAGUCUUCUGCGUCGCUGAUGCACUUGAUGAGAUGGAUCGUGGCAACGAGGGGUUCCUCAAGACACUUGGAGACAUUAGCCAGUGGCGACCAAAGACGGUCAAGUUCUUGAUCACCAGCCGUCCAGUGUCAAGUGUAGAAGAAGCCUUGGUUGAUGUUGACAUUUCAACCUAUGUCCAUUUCGCUCUAUCAAGAUCUAAUAUCCCAGAGAGUGAUUGGAAAACGAUCGCAGAUGCAGUCCCAGGCCGUGCGAAUGGUUUGUUUCUCUACGCCAAGCUAGCCAUGGAUGCGUUUCUCGAGCCAAACGUCGAUAUCAAUACAGUUCUCUUGAAACUUCCAACAGAUUUGAACGCCUUAUAUACCGAUCUAUUGAGCGAGCAUGCAAAAAGAUCUGGUGUGCCGGGUAACAUCCAGCACCUCAUUUUGCAAUCCGUCACUCAUGCUACCCGCCCCUUGCGACUGCUCGAGCUGGCAGAAAUGAUCAGGAUCAGCAUGUUUAACGACUCCAAAUGGGAUAUAAAAGCUACCAAGGGACUCAUCAGAGCUGCAUGUGGCCCGUUGCUGGAAAUACUACCUGAUGAAACAGUUUCGGUUAUACACCACUCUUUUACUGAAUACCUUAAGGGCACUACACGACCGGGCGAGGGCCAGCACAUUGGGUAUCCUUGUAUUCUGUACUUGAAAUCUGGAUGCUUAAAUUCCAUCACCCUUAAGACGGACGAAGAAAUAGCCGACAUGCCACGCACCCAACUUCAGUACCCAUUCUUUGAAUAUGCGGCCAGCAAUUGGUACCAGCAUAUUGCAAAAUCUGAAGCUGCCGGCCAGGAUCAGAAAGAGAUCAACGCGAAACUUGACGAACUAUUUGGACUCGAUAACAAUAUGAGGGCAUGGCUCCAGAUGAGGUGGCCAGAAUACAGCCUGGGCGCUAGAAGUGUCACACAGCUUCAUAUCGCCGCCAAAAAAGGCCUGGUAUCAUACGUGAAAGAAUUACUUGGAAGCUUCGACAUAAACGUGCCGGAUUUCUACGAUAGAACACCUCUUUGGUGGGCUGCUUCUGAGGGACAUGCGGAAAUUGUUUCGAUAUUGAUAGAAGGCGGUGCAGAUCCAGAUCGACCUGACAGUUACUCUGGCCGCAGGCCUCUUCAUGUAGCGGCCAGCCACGACCACCCUGAAGCCGUAACAACGCUACUGAAAGCCGGGGUCAGCCCUUCAACGAAAAAGACUCUUGAAAAUCCUUGGUUUAGGAGUCGUCGUUCCCCAUCAAGCAUUGGCGACACGCCGGUCCAGUAUGCUUGUAAUGGGCAUUUCAAGGCACUAGAAGCAUUUCUACCCUUUAUAAGAGACGAUUUAGAUUUGAUGCACCGUGCCUUGGCGUGGGCGGCCGGAUUGAGAUCAUCAAAAUGCGUUGAUUUGCUGCUUCAGCAACAGGGCGUGGAUAUCAACAAAACCAUUGACGGCCAGACGCUACUUUAUAGAGCUUGUGAAGCAGUUGAUGAAGGGAUGGUAGCAAUGUUAUUGAAGGCUGGAGCAGAUGUUAGCAUUAUAUGCGAUGCUGGUGAUGAUGCGACUUGGCGAUGGAAAUAUUCGCAGGAUGAGCCCGCCAAACUGACCUGCUUAUUUGCUCUUUGUAAUCGACACGGCAGUGAAUAUUACAACGACAAACUGCAAGUUAUAUUCAGGCUUUUGGUCGAGGCCGGAGUUGACAUUCACUACCGGACGCCAUUAGGUGAAACAGCAUUACACAACGCCGCUCAUUGUCCUGUCCUCAUCAAGUUACUAUUAGAAGCUGGGCUUGAUGCGAAUGCCACCGAUAUCGAUGGCGCAACUCCACUUCACUUUAUGCGCUCGGGAAUGGUUCCAUUGAUACCGUCCAUAGAACUCUUUGUUGAGCAAGGACAUGUUGAUAUCAAUGCUGCAAAGGAAUGCGGGCGAACGAUUCUUCACGAUCUUAUCCUCAAUGGUGACGAGCCAUCAACUAUGAGAUUCCUGGAAUAUGGACCAAACUGCAAUGCAGUUGAUAACAUGGGCAACACUCCAUUGCAUACUCUCAUGCAAGUACCUAAGCCAACGCCAGAAAUGGUCAAAGCCCUACUCGCUGGAGGAGUCGAUCCAAAUGCACGAAAUCACGACGGCAUGACUGCAUUACUGCUCUGGAAUCGAUCCAGCGACAGUCGGACGGAUAUUCUAGACAUGCUUCUCGAGGCGGGUGCCGAUAUCAACACGGUUGACAAGGAUGGAAACAACCUAAUCUUUCGAUCGCUCUCCGUUUUCUUGUUUAUGAAUGCGGAAGAUCCACACAAAGAUAUUAAAUAUCUUAUCGAUCGAGGAGUUUCACCGUUUCAACGCAAUUUCCGCGGCGAAACAGCUCUCCACUACGCCAUGAGGUGCCCCCACGCCUAUGAGUCGAGACUUAUGGCCUCCAAUCCUGUGACGAGGGUUGAUUUCCUCAUUAGUUUAGGCCUCGACGUCAAGGCUGUUGACUAUAACGGAAAUAACCUCCUUCAUACAGUUGCCGUGUUGGAUGUAAACCACAGCUCUUAUGAAGGCCCGCGGUUACUGGACCUCUGGGAGAAGCUUCUCGCUCUGGGCUUAGACUUGGAACAGAAAAACCAUGCCGGCCGCACGCCACUACACUUCUUAUGCGCAUACAGUAAUCGUUGGUUGCGCAUGCCGUCGGGGGAGACCAUGCCCAUUGAUCUCGUCAUUUCCCGAACGAAGAAUGUCAAUGUCCCCGAUGAUGAUGGCAUCGCCCCUCUACAUCUAGCUGUAUCUACUUGCGGGGAGGUGUAUGCCAAAAAGCUGAUUGAAGCUGGCGCGAAUCCUCUGGUUUCUACUCAUGAAGGGCUCACUCCUCUUCAUCUUGCUGCGCGGGGCAGAGACAGCAACAAUGUCGGCCUACUAUUAGAUGCACUAAGGAAACGACAACAAGGCCUACCAGAUAUUGAUAUCACACAGUCAGGACAAGCUAAUAGUUCAACUUUGAGCAAAAUGAAUGACCGCCGGGCAGUAAUGGGCGUGAAUGCGAAAGUAACAACUGAUUCGGACGCUUAUACACCUCUUUACUACGCUUGUAGGUCUGGGAGACCUGAAACAGUGUCUCUGCUGUUGGAAGCCGGAGCUGAUGCUAAACUCAAAGGCAUCUUCGAAGGUUGUCUUGAAUUUGAAGAGGAAUGCGAACGAUGGAAGCAUCCUCGUCCGCAACAAGAUGGUGGCGAAUACCAAUACAAGGCAGCUCUAAAACUGCGUGACCCAUACCGCCAUAUAGCGAGGCUCGAAGAGAUUGUUGACAUGCUUGUCGAGCAUGGAGCCGAUAUUUCUUUGCUUGUAAACCGUCCUGGGAGACACAAAGAAGGCAUCAUCAACACAGCUGUCGAGAAGCAAAGGAAUUAUACGGCUGCCUGUUUGAUGCACGCUCUCGACACGAGCACUACCGAAGGGCUAGAUGAGCUCACAAAGUUCGCCCAAGUUGCGCGUCGCCAUGAGCAAGAAGCUGCAUUUAAGGCCUUGACAUCUUCAGCCCUUAUUCGUCCCGGAGACAAGGAUCAAUCCGUGCCAUUGAAUUUUGUCACGCGGUUUUUGAUUCGGAGAGAGUAUCAUCUGUUAGAAGAACUUUCUCGGCUGGGAGCGACAUUUCUUCCUAAAUUCACUCCAGGUGUUGACUACGUGCCAAACGAGAACGCCACCCUGGAACAUCUUAUAAAGCUUGGCUUCACGUCGCUUGUUGACAAGAUAGCGACCAUUGAGACGGAGGCACAGUUAGAAAAGGGAGAAUGGCAUGCGUUUGGUGACAAAACAAGGCCGGGUUUGUUCUUCUCAAAGAGGGAUGGUACUUCAGCUUCUUUUUCGCCAUUCCUUCUUACCGCUGUUCAGAGGGAGUUGCCGAACAUGGAUAUGGUGCGAUUGCUUGUUGAGAAAUUUGCGGUCAACAUCAAUGAGACUGAUACAGACAUGGAAUCCGCUCUCUUUUGGGUCGCACGAGGUAACUGCUGGUGGCAAGUCCACCAAGCAUUGCCUUAUCUGCUUGAUGCUGGCGCAGAUAUUCAUAUGCGAAAUGCAAAAGGGAAGACGCCACUCCAUAUGGCUCUCCAAGGAGACGGCGAAUAUCUAGGACCAUUUAACUGGGACGCAGCCAAGAUACUGAUCGAAAGAGGAGCGGAUGUCAAUGCGGUCGAUAGUCAGGGCCAGAGCUGUCUCGCGUGCGCACAGCAUAACGUUGACAUGGUCAAUCUUCUUGUCAAGCAUGGAGCAAUUGUCACACUGGACUCGAUUUUUGGCGCCAUUGAGUCCGGCAAUGCAGAAGUUCUGCAAGCGCUCUUAUCUAGCGGUAUAAGCCUAAAUGCUCUUGGAGACGCGCCGCCCAGGGAGGAAGACGAGAGGAGGAGGAGGAAGGGCCUUAAAGUGCCGGAGACACAUAAAGAGUUUCCACUGCAUUAUGCCGCCAGAUAUUUGAGCUUGAGUUGGACUAACUCGAACAGUUUUUGUCGGGAACUCCCCGCUAGAAUGAAGAUCAUUGAGAUACUCAUUCAGCAUGGAGCUGAUCCGUUUGCAAAAUUCCUCAAAAAGGACAAAAGGCCCGAAGACAAGUCCAGUCUCUCAGAGACACAAAUCGCCACUAUCGAUGUGCCUAAAGGCUGGAGUGAAUGUACCCUAUUACAUGAGGUACUUACUUCAGAUAUAAUAGCAGAUCCGUUUCUUCAAAUUCCAAAUCUCGACGUCAACUAUCGAGAUGCCAAAGGCCGCACUCUUCUCCAUGCGAUCUGCCAUAAUAAGGGUGGCUAUCAUGAUGGUGGUGGCCCUGAUCAUAUCAUCGGAUCAGACACGAAUAAGGACGUGAUUACGCCAGAGGAGCGAGUUAGCUCAUUUGAGCGACUUUUGUCUCUCGGUGCAGAAUUGGAGGCGACAGAUAACUUUGGCCGAAACGUCAUUCAUUAUAUGUUUGCUGGUGGUGAAGAGCACACUUAUUAUUUUGGCUUGUUCCGGAAAUCCUUGGCCUAUAUUCUUGAAGAGGCCCCCAAUUUGAUGAACCAGGCGGAUGGAAAUGGCGAUACUCCAUUUCACUAUGCCGUAAGACGGGACACUGCCGACGAAUUAGACAUGCUGUUGGCGGCGGGAGCAGAUCAUACAGUUGUCAACAAUAAGGGAGAAACUCUACUACAUAUAUUGAUAAAGAGUAUUUCUCAUCUGGCUUUACGCAACUUCUUUCACACCUUGGUUGAUCGAGGUAUUGAUAUAAAUGCUCGCAACAACCGUGGGGAGACGGCAUUGUUUUCAUUCUACAGUUUGCCAAAGACGGAGCGUUGGCUUGGUUUAGACGAUAGCGACAAACCUAGACCUGAACUUGUCAAGCCAAUGCUGGAGAAUCUAGGUGGCGACUUCUUUGCUAGGGAUAAUCGAGGCCGGGGUCUCUUACAUGCCGCUGCGGCCGGGGAUGUCGAACGAUUUCAGGAGCUUAUGGAUAUAGGGCUCGAUCCCAUGAUGGAGGAUAGCGCCCAGCAGACGGCGAUUGACGCGGCUGCUGCGUGUGGAAACAGAGAUGUUUUGGAGCUAUUUGAGAAGAAGGAAUAA